AUGUCCGUCUUCAGCGCCGUGUUCCAGUUUUGUGUGCAGAACACAUACUGCCUCCUUGCAGCAAGUGCCGCGCUCUACGGAGCCCUGUUGCAUAGUAAUUAUCGACGUCUGAAAGCUUUCAGAGGGCCGUGGGCCGCCAAAUUUACAGAUUUGUGGCUCGCAAAAGCUGCUCUUGGAGACUCGCAACAUGCUGUGCUGGCCGAUGUGUGUGAAAAAUAUGGAUCAAUUGCUUGCAUUGGCCCAAAUACUUUGGUCACUAACUCCCCAGAGCUUUGGAUGCGCAUGAGUGCUGCCAGAUCUCCCUACACGAAAGGAGAUUGGUAUGCUGGACUACGACUCCCUCCUGGCCGAGACAAUAUCUUCAGCCAACAAGAUGAAGAAAUACAUACUAAGAGAAGGGCGCAGAUGGCAGAUGGUUAUGCUGGUAAAACAAAUCCCACCCUCGAGCCCACAAUCUCGCGUCAUGUGCAGAACUUGAUCGACUUGCUCAGACGCAAAUACAUAUCCUCGGAUAAAGUCUUCAAGCCGGUUGACAUGGGACGAAAAGCGUCUUUCUUCACAAUGGAUGUUAUCACUGACGUAGCGUUCGGACAGCCAUUUCAAAAUCUGACAGACGACCAUGACACAUUUAGCUAUAUCCAGAACACAGAAGAUAUGAUUCCCACAAUACUGAGAAUGGCAACCAUUCCCGCGUUGAGGGCACUGUUUCAGAGCAAGUUUGGAGCCCUACUUUUUCCAAGCGAUAAAAGCGAGAAAGGGGUAGGAAAAUUGAUGGGGGUUGCGAAACAACUUGCCUCAAAACGCUUCGCCGCUAAAGAUACCGACGUCCGUCAAGACAUGCUAUCGUCUUUCAUCUCACGUGGCCUGACUGAGGACGAUGUUAUGAUCGAGUCCGUCCUCCAAAUUCUUGCCGGAGCUGAUACUACUGCAACCGCUAUCCGCUCAAUCCUGCUGCAUACCAUGACGAAUCCUCACGUCUAUCGAACUUUGCAGAAAGAGAUCGACACCGCCGUCGAAGAGGGCCGGGCGACGCGGAGCGGUGUGAUCAAAGAUUUUGAUGCCAAAGAGUUACCCUACCUUCAAGCGGUGAUCAAAGAGGGUCUCAGAAUAUGGCCUCCUGUCACAGGCAUGCUCUCCAAACUAUCUCCACCUGAAGGCGACAACUUCACCCUAGCUUCCGGAGAAGAAGUCCAUAUUCCAGGCAGACUUGAGACUGGCGGAACCAAGGAUGAGGUUAAAAGAUUCGCAAUGAUGGAAAAGCUGUCAGAAUUGAUAUUUGGGUACGGAAAAUACCAGUGUUUGGGAAAGAAUGUUGCUUCGCUGGAGCUGAAUAAGGCUAUCUUUGAAUUGUUUCGAUGUUUUGAUUUCCAGAUUGUCAGUCCGACGAAGCCGUGGCGUAGUACUAAUGUGGGACUGUGGCUGCAGAGUGAGAUGUGGGUGAGAGUGACCGAACGGGUAGCGAAUAAUUAG